AUGAAUACGUACGGUAGUUGUGCGAGUCUCACAUGCGGAAUGUUUUACUGUGCUGCUUUUAUUCUUGGUGUUUCUAGUCUUGAUCCUCGCAAAGAUAAAGAGAUUCCCAGGGAGAACUGUAACAAGCAACAUCCGAAUUGUUAUGGUAAUGAAAUGAUCGAAGAAUAUAGAGUUCAAUUUCGGCACGAAAUUACGGAAACAUGCCAGGCGAAAUAUCCCCAAAUGCGAGGUCAUGAGCUGCUAUACAAUUGCUGGACGGAAUGUCACACAUGGUGGCCCCUGAAACACUCAGGUGUGGACCCACCCACAACAGUUCAGCGUGAUGUCUUUGUUAUUAAGGCCCGCCAUCUGAAUGCCAGUCUGACAAUGACGAUCGGCGCUCCGCGACGUACAACGUCAAAGGCCUCAAAACUCCACGCGAAUUUAGCCGCGACGCGAUUUGGCAGUAAUCCACUGCUUAUAACCCAUCGUCAGCGCAUUUUAAAAGAACGGAAAGUGUUGAAAUUGAAGAGAUGUGGCACAUUGCCAGUUCGCGUGGCAAGACACGUAAGCGAUCUUCUACAACUCAUUCGCAUAAUGAAAGGCAAAAGAUCCUACUAUGGGUGA